AUGGCCGAUCGAGGAACAGGAGCAGCGAGUGUGGUUUCUCUUCGGGGCCCUCUGGAGAGCCACUUAGUGAUUUGGCCAACCAGGGAUUACUGUGCUUGUGUAGAAGCUUACGACUACUACACCACGUUACACGCCCUUUUCGACGGCUCCUUGCACAUAGGCCGUGGGGAUCUGCAUGAGCGGAUGUUGCGGCCCUCGAGCGAGGCGCGGCGGAUCAUCGAGGCCGCUUCAUACUGCGAGGAAUGGUUGGAAAAGGACUUCCAGCGGAUCUUCUCUAGCUAUGCCAAGUUCUCGGCUUGCUUGCCAGGUGCGCUGAUGGAGAACAUCAUCUGCCUUCAAAGAUGGCUGUUGGCUGGCAAGGUCGUCGGCAGCCUCAACACCGCUGAGAUGAUGGCCGUUUGA